UCCUGCAACAAGCUAGAAUCUUUCUCUACAGGAUCACCUUGCCAAGGAAACUGAAGAGAUUACCCUAGAUCUGAGAUGGAGACCUUCUCUCUACUGCUAUUCAGCCUGGGGUUGGUUCUUGCAGGAGCUUCAGAAAGCAUAAUGAAGAUAAUUAAAGAAGAGUUUUCAGAGGAAGAGAUGCAAUAUGACAUGGCAAAAAGCAACCAAGGAAAACAGACUAUUGAGGUACUAGUGAACUUGACUCUGUUAUAUAAAAAUACCAGCCUCAGCAUGUCCAAGGAUAUUAUGUCUUCCUCCUUACUGAUAUUCAGAAGAUUACAUUAUAGCUUUCCCAAGGGAAAUGGCCUAGGUAAUGACAAAGACUAUUGCAAUGACAUGGUGGUCUGGAGAAAAGUUUCAGAAGCUAAUGGGUCAUGCAAGUUGAGCAAUAACUUCAUCCAUGGCUCCAUGGAAGUGAUCCACAGGGCCCCCAAAGCCCCCAGGUGCAAAUGUGGACAGAAUCCUGGCAUAAGCGGCUCUGAGAGCCCAGAAGCGGAGACGACUAUGUGUCAGCUCACUACAGGCAAACAAUUCCCCAGGUGUCAAUACCACAGUGUUACCUCAUUAAAGAAAAUAUUGGCGGUACUGACAGGUCAUUCUCUGAUGAGCUGGUUAGUUAGUGGCUCUAAGUUGUAAAUCCCACAGGGCUUUGAGACUGGAGUCUAUCUAAAGAAGGACAUAUUUAUUCUCACUAUUGUUUAUUGCCUUCUAUUAUCCACAUUUACCCUGUCAGCACUAUAGUAAACUCUUGAUUAUUUAUACUAAGUGGAGGAAUGAAAAAUCCAAAGUUGUAGAUAAUUCAGUUAAAAUUUAUAACUGAUCCUGGAGUGUAGAUACUUC